UCUUUAUUCACUGAAAUUACCACUAAAAAGCGGGAAAUCUUGAACUCUUACAAAAUUGAUAAAGGAUUUAAAAAAACUGCUACUGAGGAUAAUCGCCGUGACGUUUUUGAACUUAUCAAGAUUGAAAAGUUAUUAUUAGAAAUUAGAUAUUUAGAAAAUGAUGGUGAUACUACUAAAGUCAGUUCCGGGAGAUCAGAAAAUACUAGAUUAAUUUAA